UCCAUGUAGUUUGUUUAUUUACGUUGAAGUAAUUUCAUUUUUAUGUUUUUGUGUAAGACAUACAAGGAAAGUACGCGCGAAUUGGAUGAUUAGAAAAGUUUUUACUAGUUAAGAUGGUUUAUUCGUUAUUCUUCUUUUAUAUACUUCUUAUUGCUGUAAAAGCCGAUGUUAGUUAUGAUGUGGAAGGUUAUGUAUUGUACUGUCCAUGUAUGGGUCGUUUUGGUAAUCAAGCAGACCACUUUUUAGGAGUACUAGCAUUCAGUAAAGCGCUAAAUAGAACUCUAGUACUUCCACCUUGGAUUGAAUAUAGGUAUGGAGAACCAAGAUCAAAGCAAAUUCCGUUCAACACAUAUUUUAGAACUGACUCCUUAGCACAAUAUCAUAAAAUCAUUACAAUGGAGUCUUUUAUGUUUAAUACUGCACAUCAAAUAUGGCCCUAUUCCAAAAGGAUAUCAUUUUGUUAUACACAAAGAAUUGGCGAAGAACAAAAUAGUUGUAAUGCUAAAUCUGGUAAUCCAUUCGGUCCAUUUUGGGAUAAUUUCGAUAUAGAUUUUGUAAAAUCUGAAUUUUAUGGUCCUUUAAAUUAUGAUUCUCAUGAUAACAAUAUGGUGAAUAGAUGGAAACAAAAAUAUCCUGCAGACACUUGGCCAGUGCUAGCUUUCACAGGUGCUCCGGCUAGUUUUCCAGUUCAAAAGGAAAACAUACAUUUACAGAAGUAUCUCAAUUGGAAUGAUGAUAUAAUAAACAAAUCAAAGCAAUUUAUUAAGGAAAAUAUGAGAGGUGGUGGAUUCCUUGGAAUUCACCUAAGAAACGGGCAAGAUUGGGCAAAAGCUUGUCAGCAUGUGAAUGACAGCCCUAUGUUAUUUGCUGCCCCUCAAUGUGUUGGUUAUAAAAACGAAAAAGGACCUCUCACCGUAUCAAUGUGUUUGCCGACAAAAACUGCAGUAAUAAAACAAGUAAAGAGAGCUGUCAAAAAGAUUAACAGCAUUAAGUACGUUUUCGUGGCUUCCGACUCUAAUCACAUGAUUGAAGAUUUAAAUAAAGCUUUAGAGAACUUGGAAGUGUCUGUAAUCAAAUUUCAACCAUCAAAUCCACAUUUAGACUUGGCCAUACUUGGACAAGCCAAUCAUUUUAUAGGUAAUUGUGUUUCCUCAUAUUCAGCAUUUGUUAAAAGAGAUAGAGAUGUAAGAGGUUUGCCAUCAGAAUUUUGGGCUUAUCCACAUCGAAAAAAACCAAAACAUGAAGAUCUUUAAUAA